GGACCAAAACAGUGGGCAGCUCUGCAUCACCACACUGAAGUUUGGUGAAAUAAAGUCGAAAUUGUUGGUGUCAGGGUCAGAACUUAAAUGCAACAUGUAGCGUAAGUCUUUGCUAACUAGAGUCACCUUUUUACCCGGAUGUGGAAGAAUGCCAACCCGAGGAAAGGACUGUUUUCCAUGUAUAUCGCAGCUUGUGCAACCAGCUCCAGCACGGUGAUGUGCGGGCUCAACAUGACCUUAUAUAGACCGGCCACGCAGCUCCCUGGCCGGUGAAAGCAUCACAACAACUACUAAAAAGCAGCAGAGGACCUACAGCAUGUCAUCUGACCAGAUCAUCGCCAUCGUCAUGGAUGACAAGACGUACCAGGUGAAUAAGAGGAAGCUGAUCGAGAAGAGCGACUACUUCCGUGCUCUGUACAGCUCCGGCAUGAGGGAGUCCACGGAGGACUCGGUGCAGCUGCAGGGGCUCAGCGUCCCGGGGCUGGAGCUGGUGCUUGAGUUCAUCAACACCUCCAAGGUGCAGGUGGUCAACGACACUCUGGAGGAUCUGAUAGAGGCAGCCUCUUUCCUGCAGGUGACCUCCAUCGUCAAAGUCCUGACGUCAGAGAUCCGGCAGGACAACUGCGUGGAGCUGUACAGUCUCUCUGAAGUGUACGGGACUCAUGAUCUGCGUGUUGCUUGUCUGAAGUACAUGAGCUGCUACUACCACCCCAUGCUGAGGCGGGUGGAGUUCAGCAGUCUGCCGUCUGCUGUGAAGCACCAAGUCAAGGAGAUGCGCAUGAAAGGCACUGCCACCCUGGUAGCCAUCGGAGACUUCACCUGCCUGUCCGUGGAUGUGCCGGGUCAGGACGAGCCCUGGUCUAUGCUGAGGUACGGAGAGCUGGAGCAGCACUGGAAGCCGCUGGCAAACAACCUCCCUCCAGAUAUGAUUAAUGUCAGAGGAUAUGGAUCGGCUGUCCUGGAUAACUACCUGUUCAUCGCAGGCGGGUAUAGGAUGACGAGCCAGGAGAUCUCUGCGGUGCACUGCUACAACCCCUGCAGGAAUGAGUGGAACCACGUGGCUCCGCUCAACCAGAAGAGGUCCAACUUCAAGCUGCUGGCAGUGCAAGGGAAGCUGUAUGCGGUGGGAGGCCAGUGUCUGGGCACGGUGGAGUGUUACAGCCCGGAGCAGGACUGGUGGACAUGCGUGUCCUCCAUGCCUGAUCCACUGGCUGAGUUCUCAGCCUGCGAGUGCCAGGGGAUGAUUUACGUCAUGGGUGGAUAUACUGCAAGGGACAGGAACACCAACGUGCUCUGCUACUGCCCCACCUCCGACACCUGGACAGUGUACAAGUCGUGCCCGGCUCACAUCCGCAAGCAGCAGAUGCUGUCGGUGGAGGACACCAUCUACCUGGUGGGCGGCUACACCCACGAGCUGGGGCCGGGCCUGCACCGGCGCCGCCCCAGCCACACGGAGGACGUGCUGAUGGUGCAGUCCUACAACGUCACCACGGGGGACUGGAUCCAGCUGAAGGAGAACACGUCCAAGUCGGGCCUGAACCUAACGUGCACGCUGCACAACGACGGCAUCUACAUCAUGAGCCGGGACGUGAGCCCGCCCUCCAGCCUGGAGCACCGCGUCUUCCUCAAGUACAACAUCUUCUCCGACGCCUGGGAGGCCUUCAGGCGCUUCCCGGCUCUGGGACAGAACAUGCUGCUCUCGUCGCUUUACCUCCCCAAUAUGCUAUGAUUGACAGGUGGUGGGGACGGACUUGAACACGUACAAAAGGAAGAUUGCUGUGCGGCCUGCUUGUUGCUGCUCUAAAUGGGGCUGCGUGGUGUUAUUUAGCAUGAAACAUGUCUGGUUCGCCAGGUUGAAUGCUUCAUGACCUCCACGCCUCAAAACAAAAACACUACCGGUACAUAUUACAUAGUGCUGAGCUAUAAUGACAAGUGUGAAAGCCCUGUGGUCCGCGGCUACAUCAUAACAGCAAGCCUCGGUUCGUGCCUUUAACAUACAGGACUGUCUCAGAAAAUUAGAAUAUUGUGAUUUUUCUGUAAUGCAAUUACAAAAACAAAAAUGUCAUAAAUUCUGGAUUCAUUACAAAUCAACUGAAAUAUUGCA